AUGGCCCAUGACGAGUCUUUGGGUGGGAAUUCAGUACCAGGGGCCCAAACAGAUGCACAUACUUCAGCGACGUCGAUCGCCAGAAGUACUCACAGCUCCUCACAAUCAGAUCGUGACGAGGAGUUUGAACCAAUCCAAAGUUUAUCUUCCAAAGAGCAGGAUGGAGCUACUGGAGCUGCCGGAACUGCUGGAGCUGAUCAGUCCAGUGAGAUAUUUCUCGCGCAAACAAUAUCUCGCCGACGCAGUCAUGCUUCCGGCCACGAGGGUGAGGAAUGGGUACAGAUUGAAAGACUGAUCUCACGCAUGUUUGGCCAUGAGAGAAAAGCCAGUUCACAGGAAGAGAAGACUCGACAUGUUGGCGUCGUUUGGAAGAAUCUUACCGUGAAAGGCGUUGGUCUUGGAGCUGCCCUUCAACCGACCAACGGGGAUAUUUUCCUUGGACUUCCUAGACUCAUUAAACGACUUUUGACCGGAGGCAGGAAACAGGCUGGCACUGGAAAGCCAGAAAUACGAACGAUUUUGACCGAUUUUACGGGCUGUGUUCGUCCUGGCGAGAUGCUUUUGGUUCUUGGUCGCCCAGGAUCAGGCUGCUCAACAUUUCUCAAAGUGCUUGGGAAUCAGCGAUUUGGUUAUGAAAGUAUAGAUGGUGAUGUGCGAUACGGUGGAACCGAUUCUGAAACCAUGGCUAAGAAUUAUCGUUCUGAAGUUUCUUACAACCCCGAGGAUGACCUUCACUACGCCACGUUGACUGUGCGCGACACGCUCCUAUUCGCUCUCAAAAGCCGAACCCCAGACAAAGCUUCUCGAAUUCCUGGAGAGAGCCGUAAAGAGUACCAACAAACCUUCCUAUCUGCGAUUGCCAAACUCUUUUGGAUAGAACAUGCAAUGGGGACUAGAGUUGGUAACGAACUCAUCCGUGGUAUCUCUGGAGGCGAAAAGAAACGUGUUUCCAUCGCAGAGGCAAUGGUCACUAAAGCCAGUACUCAAUGUUGGGAUAAUUCAACCAAGGGCCUCGAUGCAAGUACAGCUUUAGAAUAUGUCCAGAGUUUGAGGAGCUUGACCAAUACUGCUCAGGUUUCCACCUUAGUAGCUUUAUAUCAGGCCUCUGAGAACUUAUUCAAUUUGUUUGAUAAAGUAAUACUUAUUGAAGAUGGAAAAUGUGCCUUCUUUGGUCGAUCUGAAGACGCAAAAGCAUAUUUUGAAAACUUGGGCUUUGAGUGUCCUUCAAGAUGGACAACCCCUGAUUUCUUGACCUCCGUCAGCGAUCCAAAUGCAAGACGUGUGAAACCUGGAUGGGAAGAUCGGAUUCCUAGAACUGCAGAGGAAUUCCAAGCUGCAUAUCGCCAGAGUGAUGUCUUCAAGGCUACAAUCACUGAUAUUGAAGGCUUCGAGCGUGAAAUUGAAGCACAGGAACAGGAAAGAGAAGCUGCUAGAGGCACAAUGAAAAAGAAAAACUACACCAUUUCAUUUUGGAAGCAGGUGGCUAUACUUACUCACCGUCAAUUCUUGGUAAUGUUUGGAGACAGAGCCACUCUAGCUGGUAAAUGGGGUGUCAUUGUUUUCCAGGCUCUCAUUGUGGGAAGCUUGUUCUUCAAUCUUCCUGACAAUAGUGGUGGAGUCUUUACUCGAGGAGGAGUCAUGUUUUUUAUUUUGUUGUUCAACGCUCUGCUUGCACUCGCAGAGCUCACAUCUGCAUUUGAGAGUCGGCCGAUCUUGAUGAAACACAAAAGCUUUUCAUUUUACCGACCUGCAGCUUAUGCCUUGGCUCAAGUUGUGGUGGAUGUACCGUUGGUACUCAUCCAAGUUGUUCUUUUUGGCUUGGUUGUCUACUUCAUGGCUAAUCUUGCGCGAACUGCAUCUCAAUUCUUCAUCAAUCUCCUCUUCACUUUUAUACUUACCAUGACUAUGUAUUCGUUCUUCCGCUGCUUGGGGGCGCUAUGCGCUUCGCUGGACGUUGCUACUCGCCUAACUGGCGUUGCUAUUCAAGCGUUGAUCGUAUACACCGGCUAUCUCAUUCCUCCAUGGAAGAUGCACCCCUGGCUGAAAUGGCUCAUCUGGAUCAAUCCAGUACAGUAUGCAUUUGAAGCUUUGAUGGCGAAUGAGUUUUACAAUCUGAAGAUCCAAUGUGAAACACCUUUCAUUGUUCCGUCGGGCCCCAGUGCAUCUUCGGGCCAUCAGAGUUGUGCCAUUCAAGGAAGUACUCCAGACAGUCUGACGGUUCAGGGAUCCGACUACAUACAAGCAGCCUAUACGUAUUCCAGAUCUCACUUAUGGCGCAACUUUGGUAUAAUCAUCGGGUGGUUUAUCCUUUUCGUCGGCCUCACCAUGCUAGGAAUGGAACUGCAGAAGCCGAACAAAGGCGGGAGCUCUGUGACUGUCUUUAAGCGAGGCCAAGCUCCAAAAGAAGUUGAAGACGCCAUUGAAAAUAAGAAUCCGCCUGCGGACAUAGAGUCUCCAGAGAAGUCUUCUAGGCCGUCUAGUUCUCGGGAUGAGGAAAAGAAUCAUCAACAGGUCAAAGAUAUUGCCAAGAAUACCUCGAUCUUCACCUGGCAAAGUCUGAACUAUACUAUACCUUACAAAGAUGGACAGAAGAAACUGCUCCAAGACGUCAAUGGCUACGUCAAGCCAGGUCGAUUGACAGCUUUAAUGGGAGCAUCGGGCGCCGGUAAAACCACUCUCCUGAAUGCGCUAGCUCAGCGGAUCAAUUUUGGAGUCGUCACAGGUGAUUUCAUGGUUGACGGAAAGGCGACUGGUUUCGCAGAGCAGAUGGAUAUACACGAACCGACUGCUACAGUUCGUGAGUCAUUGCGCUUCUCAGCUCUCUUAAGGCAACCGAAGGAAGUACCCCUACAAGAGAAGUAUGACUACUGUGAAAAAGUGAUUGAUCUAUUGGAGAUGCGAUCUAUCGCUGGCGCAACGGUGGGAUCUGCUGGUACAGGCCUAAACCAGGAACAACGUAAACGCCUCACGAUUGCAGUUGAGCUUGCUAGCAAGCCGGAGCUUUUGCUUUUCUUGGAUGAACCGACAUCAGGGCUUGACUCGCUGGCAGCAUUCAAUAUUGUCCGUUUCCUCCGAAAACUGGCGGAUGCUGGUCAAGCCAUCCUUUGCACAAUCCACCAGCCAUCCGCUGUACUUUUCGAACAGUUUGAUGAGUUACUUCUGCUUCAGAGUGGUGGGCGUGUUGUCUACAAUGGAGCUCUUGGUUCCGAUUCCAGGACGUUGAUAAGUUACUUUGAGCGAAAUGGGGGAAAGAAAUGCUCAUCAAAAGAAAACCCAGCCGAAUACAUGCUUGAAGUGAUCGGAGCCGGAAAUCCAGACUACAAGGGACAAGACUGGGGCGACGUAUGGACCAACUCGACGGAAUCCAAGCAACUUUCCACAGAGAUAGACAACGUCAUUAGCUCACGUAGAAACGUCCAGGAUGAAAAAAUUACCAAUGAUGAUCGAGAGUACGCUAUGCCGCUCUAUGUGCAGGUAAUGGCGGUCACCAAAAGAGCAUUUGUGGCUUAUUGGAGGCUUCCCGACUACAUUUUGGGCAAAUUUAUGCUUCACAUUUUCACAGGUCUUUUCAAUACCUUUACAUUUUGGCACUUGGGAAACAGCUAUAUCGACAUGCAAUCCAGACUCUUCUCUGUCUUCAUGACUCUAACAAUCUCACCUCCACUCAUUCAACAACUGCAACCUCAAUACUUGCAUCUCCGAAGCCUGUAUGAGUCGCGCGAGUCCAAUUCAAAGAUGUAUUCUUGGGUUGCAUUCGUGGUGAGCGCGAUCCUACCUGAAUUACCAUACUCAAUCGUCGCGGGUUCCAUAUACUUUAAUUGUUGGUACUGGGGAGUCUGGUUCCCGCGAGACUCUUUCAGCUCAGGCUACACAUGGAUGAUGCUUAUGCUUUUCGAAGCUUACUACGUCGGUUUUGGACAGUUCAUCGCUGCUAUUGCCCCUAACGAAUUAUUCGCCUCACUACUUGUCCCUUCAUUUUUCAGCUUUGUGGUUUGCUUCUGUGGAAUCGUAGUACCAUACUCUGCUCUGCCUCAUUUUUGGCAGUCGUGGAUGUACUGGCUCACGCCGUUCAAAUAUCUGCUGGAGGGUUUUCUGGGAGUUGCCGUUCACAAUGUCCCAGUAAGGUGCGUUGAUCGUGAAGAGUCUAGAUUCAGUCCACCAUCUGGGAUGACCUGUCAAGAAUAUGCAGGGUCAUUCGCCACACAGUCUGGUGGCUAUGUACGCGAUGCUGCUGAUGGGCUGUGUGCAUUUUGCCAGUACUCCACUGGAGAUCAAUUUGCCGCCUCUUUCAAUGUCUUCUACUCUAACAAGUGGAGGGAUUAUGGGAUUUUCUGGGCGUUUGUGAUAUUCAAUUUCAUGCUGGUCUUCGCAUUUUCAUGGUUGUAUCUCCACGGUAUUGGAGACUUUAAACGCCGGCUCAGUGCUCGCAAGACCAGGAAAGGGAAAGGUGUCACAAUUUAA